AUGGAGAAGACCCAGUCCGGCCGACCGAGGACGGUCGCUGUUGUGGGCACGGGCAUGGCGGGCCUGACCACCGCGCAUCUAUUACACCAGGACCCUGAGAGGCGAUAUGAAGUCACACUACUCGAGAAGCGCCAACAAAUCUCACUCAGCGCGGAGUCAAUCUCAGUUCCUUCCAAGGAUGAGAACAAUUCGGCCAUUUGGGCUGAUGUGCCCAUGCGUGCCUUUGCGGGUGGAUUCUAUCAGAAUCUGAUUCGCAUGUAUGACUAUCUGGCUGUCAAGUACCAUGCACAGCCAUUCCUCUUCAGCUUUACCAGACUGCCACGGCCUCAACAGGCCUCAUUAGCAACUUCAUACAUCCCCGGACCACAGAUGGUCUAUGCGUCUAAUUUUCAUCAAAUACCACCGGUACCGCGCACAGUGGACUUGAUUAACUGGCUUGUGGGGGCAGUAUAUGCCGUGGCCUGCUAUGUCUGGUUCACCUUCUGCUGCUUCUUCAUUGCGCCUUUUGAAGAAGACCCGCAAACGGGAGCGCCCAGCGAAACUCUUGAUCACUACUUACGUCGCAUUUGGCUUCCGCAAACCUACGUGGUCAACUACCUGCUUCCUCUCAUCUCAAGUGUAUGCACCUGCUCACACCAAGAGCUCUUAUGCUUUCCAGCAUCCGAUAUUCUGGCAUACAAGCGACGUACCCAUCGCCAGCAACACUUUGUUGUGACAGCUGGUGUCCAGUCUGUUCAGCAGAAGCUUCUGCAGGACAUAGACGUUCGUCUCGGCGUAAACUUGACCCAUGUCACUCCUCAAAAGGAAGGCGUUCAGAUCGCAUACUCUACGCCGGAUGGACAGACGGCAACAGAACAUUUUGACUUCGUCGUCCUCGCCAUCUCCCCAGAUGCAGCCGCAUCGUUGUUCUCCCCAAUAAACUCCCAGCUUUCCGCCAUCCCAACAACAACCGUGGAGACGAUCGCACACACCGAUGAAACAACCAUUGUCCCGAUGCUGCGCGCGACAUCUUCACUGUCACUCAAGAACCGCAAAUCCGGCUUCAGCUCUCCAACACAACGAAUCCACUUCUUCUCAAACGAUUCCAUCACCGAAGCAGUGCACGAACAACCCAACUCCAUCCUCGUCACCACCAACCCUCUCUUCCCUCUCGACAAGUCGAAAAUCAUUCGCUCGGCGAGUUUCAUCCGCGUGCUUCGCAGUCCUCGAAGUCGCAUGAUCAUCAACUCGAUAUUCCGAGAUCGCAGCCAGCGCAAGGUCUCCCCUGAAACUUGGCGCAGCGGUGACAACGGUGUUUACUUAGCAGGUGGCUGGUGCUGGGAUGGAAUGGUUCUGCUCGAGGGAUGCAUCGUUUCUGCAAUGCGGGUCGCUGCUGAUCUCGGUGUCACUGUACCAUGGGAAGGUAUCGAUUAG